AAACUGUCUGCUGGAUCUGAAUUUGAUGUAAAGCAAUAAAUAAAGGCUUCUCAGCUGGACCCAGUUUGCGGGGUAUCUGCAUCCUUCGUCUACUUUCACCGUAAGCACUACUUGUUUUGCCAUCUGAGCAUGCUCACUUAUAAAAGGAAUAUUUCAACAUCAUCAGCAGUAGAUUUUGCCAUCGAAUCUCUCACCAGUUUAUCUUUGACAGAGAAUUUGUUUCAAAUCAAAAAAAAAAUAAACCCCUUAACCCCACUUGUUCUUGGUAUCGUCCACAAUGGGAGACAACGUCCAGGCCUGGGACAACAUCGCCGGAUACUGGGACCAAACACUCGGCGACGGCAAUGACCUAUAUCAGGAAUGCUUGUUGCCGGUAGUACGGGAGCUGGCGGACCCACAAGAUGGUGAGCUUGCACUCGAUUUGGGGACCGGUAGCGCUGUCAUAGCUGGGCUGCUGGCGUCACUGGGCGCAAAAGUCACGGCCGUCGAUGCGUCAAAGUCGAUGCUUGCAAAGGCUGAGGCUCGGACAAAGCAGGCAAAUCUUGACAUUGCGUUUGAGGUUGUCAACUUGUUGGAUCCUGAAAGUCUGGAAUCUUUUAGCAGCUGUCAUCCCAGUAUGACACUGAAAGAACUGCCCGACCUUGAGCCCCUCGCUGCCGCCCUACCUAAGCUACUAGCACCAGAUGGGAGAGUCGUGAUCGUCAACCUGCAUCCCGUCUUCUCCAAGCCCGCCGGCCAUCGGGUUAUGGAAGUUCUCGAAAACAGCGACACCGGAAAACAAGAAGUGCAUCGGCACAUCAAAGUCUCCAACUACCUGGACAUCCAGCCCGUCAAGAGCGAGGCUCUGAGGGGACAGCCCUAUCCUUUGAACUUGUUUCAUCGCCCUUUUUGGUCUCUGUUGGAUCCCUUUUUCCGGAACGGUCUUGUCAUGGAUGCCAUGCGUGAACCGGGAUUUGCGGGAUCGAGCGACCCGUUUCAGCUGCAGUCGUAUCAUAACUUUGUACAGUUUCCUAUGGUCCUCGCGUUCCGUCUGCUACUGAGGCAGCCCACCACGUAGGUAGGUAUCUUAGGUGGUAUCAGUGGUUGGGGGCAGAGAUCACAAAAUGACCCAGAGUAAUCCAAUCACACAAGUUAAGCUUUUAUGGGACUCCUUGUCAAAUACUCAACUCUACUACUUAGCAAUAUUAUUCAUCCCCGCAUAUUUACUACCCGCACCUGGCUUGGUGGGUCAGUAGGUGGGCAGAUAGAUAUGUAGGUAAGCAGGCAGGCAAAUUGAAAGUUUUCGUAUUGUGUUGAGAGGGAUGGGUUCCAAAAGUGGCUGAUAACUACCGGAAUGGAGUGCUCGAUAAAUGGUCCACUUUCAUAUCACCCCAGCUGGAAUAGUCAAGCCUGCACCGGUGCAGCAUUAUCCAGAAGCAUCGCCUGCCUCUCCAAGAACUUCAGCUUGGGACGGUCACUCUCAAAAGAAACCUUGGAGGCGGCAACGCUGAGCACCCUAUCUAGACUCCCAUUCUUCAGCACCCUGUUACGCCGUGUGUCGUCGUAUUCAUACUCGUGCCACCUAUGAGCCCCGUACGAUCUUUGCAAAGCCCUGAUCGUGAUUGCUUCAACGCAGCACCACGCUCGUUCGUAGUAGGUUUCUUCGGUGAUGCUGAUCAUGGCGUUACAUUGGGCCAGGGAUAUGGGCAGUGCUGCAACUCCGCGCGCCUGCACGUCUUUGUCUACCUGGUCGAUGCAAGCCCAGUCCUGCCAUAUGCAAACCGUCGCUGGAUCCACAUCCGGAUUUUCGCGAAGAAAGCUUUCGACGGCGCUGAUCAUCUGGUGAUACUUGGUAUUUUUCUCAUCGUCCGGGGAAAUCUCACCACCACUCCCAGGAUUCACCUUAGCCCACGUAUAAGACAUGAAGAUGACAAAGAGUUCAUCAUCGGCAUCGUCUCCAAAACACCGCGUCAAGUUGUCAGUGCCCUUGGGUAAUCUACCGCAACGAGCAAAGUCUUCAAAGCGCACAUACUUGAACUUGUCAAACUGCCUCGCCUUCUCUUCGUCCGCGGCAAGGGUGUCUGCGUAGGCCCUCCGUAGCUGGUUGACGCUGGUCUUCUUGUCUGGUUGCAGAAGCACCGGCCGGAGGAUGUCCUGAAACAACUCCCUGUGUCCCUUUCGAAGUUUCGACUCUAGUCGGUGCUGCUCAACUUCCUCAUGAGUGAUUUGCUGUCGCAGCGCUUCGAUCAGAAUUUUCUGCGUCUGCUCGUCCCCAUUGUAGACUGCGUAGUCUAGUGCCGAGUAGCCUGUUUUGUCUCGCAGCGUCACAUCCGCCCCCGCAGCUAUCAUCUCGGAGAUGUAACCCCGGUACUCCUCACAAGGCUCCUUUGACAAAGCAGCUAUCGGCGUGUACCCGUCCUCGGGGUUGAGUUGAGCAAUCGCAGCCUCCUUCUGCCCGUCCAAGAACAAAGCCCUACCGACGUAGAACCUCGAAAAUGCAAUCUUGCUCGGGUCUUUUGAUAGAAUGGACAACCCUUGGCACUCUAUCGCCGCCUCGAUCGCCCUGGCAGGGUCUCCCUGGGCAGCGUAGCAAAGCGACAACCGAGCAAAGGCGAUAGCCUCUCGCGCAGUGGCGCUCUGCACCCUGGCUGCCCUAUCCCGGGGAUCACCGGGAACAUCGACGGCGCUCCGCAGCCGCCGACACCUCUCUACCCGCUCCUGCAGCUGACUGACGGCCAGAUCCAGGUAAGUGGUGUCCCGAUGCAGGAGAAACAUCUGGUAAUUGACCAUUCCGAGGUUCCCGAUAGCGCGCUCCAUCUCGUGCUCGAGGCCCAGCUCCCGCGCGGCUUCAUACUGCUCCUCGCACGCCCGCUUGGAGUCGUCCAGCCGCUCAAAGUGGCGGUACACGACUGCCAGCUCGCCGAGCGCCUUGAGCCGGCCCGGGUCGCCGCGGGGCAGGUUCUGCUCCGCCUCCUCGAGGCACUCAAGCGCGCUGGUUAGUCUACCCAGCAUCCGGUAGACGUAGCCUAGCGAGGGGAGCACCACGUAGCGGAGGUUGGGAGGCUGUGGGAGCGUGUCGUCGCC